AUGCCCAGACCAACGAGCAAACUUCAGAUGCUCAUAGCACAUGGUGAAACUCCCACACAGCAGACUUGGACCGCUCUGAGCUCCGUACCGGUCGGGAGAGUGCCAAGCUCAUUGGCGUGUGGUCCCAAAGGCAUCUUCCCCCUCUACGGGACGCCCUGCAGGCCCUUGUCUGUGCGCUCCCCACCUCACCUCCCAUUCCCCUCCCACAUCACAGCGACACGCCGAGGGAAGGGGAAGAAAGAAGAGACAGAGCGACCUGUUGUGGGUGGGGUUUCCAUUUCCAAGGGUCGCUGGGUCUCAUCUCGCCAAAAGAGAAAAAGAUCUCUCUCUAGCUUUGCUGUGCUUCCUUUACUGCGCUGCCAGCGAGGUCAACCCGCAGCAGACCCUUUCCCCAUCGGGCUCCGCCAAGAGAGCCUGAUCGUUGAAGCUCUUCCUCAUCUUCUUCCUCUCAAGUUGAGGCAAAGGCAGAGGCAGAAGCAGAGGCAGAGGCAGUUGGGAAUCUCGAUGCUGUCAAUCGACAACUGGAAGACCUGGCCACGAGACCUGGCCCCCAUCGUUCCGGUCGUUCCCUUUGGCUCUACCCACUCUUCGUCCGUCGCCGCGCAGCAACUUCCAGCACUCCCGUCGACCGCCGUCGCUUUUUUUAUGCUGCCCGCCCACCCCUGUCGACGACAAAACUAG